AUGAAAGUAGUUUGUAGUAAAACAAAUCCACCGCUCGGUGGUUUGCUAGCAGUGGAACUCUACCGGUCCUCAGCAGGAGAUGUAGAGAUUGUUUGGGGUGCCGAAUCAACCAUUACUCUUCCCAAAUCUACUAAAGCUCUGUCAUAUGGGACUAGUAACGAUUUGAUAAGGAUUUUGGAGAAUACUUUUAAUAAAUCUGUUGGAACCUUGCAGAGGGUGACGAUGAAUCAUUGGCUUUCAUUCAGCCUUAUUUUGGAAGAGGAAAUUCAGGAAUCUUUGUGCUACUUGGACAAAAUCCUGGGACCAUUAACUUACUUGGUGGGGGAAUCAUUAUCAGUGUCUGAUUUGGCUGUCUUCAGUGUUUUAUAUGCUUCAAAUAGCUUUAAGGAAAUAUCUAAGAAGAACCCUCCAAACAAUAUAUUAAGAUGGAUGAAGCUUAUUCAAGCUCAGAAGCCAGUUGAGAAAGCUCUGAAAGAAAUACCUUCUGAUAUACUGGAAAACAUCAAUAAGGCUACAUCUAGGAGAUCACCACCUUCUAGUAAAGAAACAAGUUCCGGUCGCCAGCAAGAAGGUAAAUUCAUUGAGUUACCUCAUGCUGAAAUGGGAAAAGUUGUGGUGCGUUUUCCACCUGAAGCAUCUGGAUAUUUGCACAUUGGACAUGCUAAAGCAGCUCUGCUCAAUCAAUACUACCAGCUGGCUUUCGAAGGCAAGCUUAUUAUGAGAUUUGAUGAUACAAAUCCUGCUAAAGAAAAUGCUGAUUUUGAAAAGGUAAUCCUGGAAGACGUAAAGAUGUUAGAGAUAAAGCCAGAUAUGUUCACACACACAUCUCAAUACUUUGACCUGAUGUUGCAAUACUGUGAGAAGCUUAUAAAGGAAAGUAAAGCUUUUGUAGAUGACACACCAGCAGAACAGAUGAAGAACGAGAGGGAACAGAAAGUUGAAAGCAAGAAUAGAAACAAUUCGGUAGAGAAAAAUCUUCAACUGUGGGAAGAAAUGAAAAAGGGCAGUGAUAUUGGCAUACAAAAUUGUGUGCGCGCAAAAAUAGAUAUGCAAUCACCGAAUGGAUGUCUUCGGGAUCCUACCAUCUACCGUUGUAAACCUGAAGUACAUCCAAGAACUGGAAAUAAAUACAAAGUAUACCCAACGUAUGAUUUCGCGUGUCCAAUAGUGGAUGCCAUUGAGGACGUGACUCACGUACUACGUACUAUGGAGUAUCACGACAGAGACCCACAGUUUUACUGGUUCAUAGAUGCCCUGGGGCUACGCAAACCAUACAUAUGGGAGUACAGCAGACUAAGUAUGACCAAUACUGUGCUUUCAAAACGGAAGUUAACUUGGUUUGUCGAGCAAGGACUUGUCGAUGGAUGGGAUGACCCGAGAAUGCCGACAGUGCGUGGUGUAUUACGUCGCGGUAUGUCUGUGGAAGGGUUAAGGCAGUUCAUACAAGCGCAAGGCUCUUCACGAUCGGUCGUAUUCAUGGAAUGGGAUAAGAUAUGGGCUAUUAAUAAGAAGGUAAUUGAUCCGAUAGCACCGCGUUACACGGCCCUCGAAUCAAACCCAGUACCGGUGAACCUAAAAGGUACAUCCGAGUCCACAUUGACCGUAGCCCUUCACCCCAAGAAUCCAGACGUAGGGUCAAAAACUGUCUGGGUGGGUCCCAGACUCCUAAUUGACCAGGUAGACGCUCAAGCCCUAAAGGAAGGAGAAAAUACUACAUUUAUUAAUUAUGGCAAUAUCAAGAUUGAUAAAAUACAUAGAGGUCCAGACGGCAAAGUGGUAAGCGUGGAUGGUACUCCGAACCUUGAUAAUAAAGACUAUAAAAAGACCCUCAAGAUCACUUGGCUAGCGGAUACUGAGAAGUCUCCACGUCUUGAAGUCUACUGCGUCUAUUUCGACCAUAUUAUUUCGAAGCCUUUGUUGGGAAAAGACGAAGACUUCAAACAAUAUAUUGGACAUCAGACUAGGUGGGAAAUACCAAUGUUAGGUGAACCAGAGUUGGCUAAAGUCAAAGUCGGAGAUGUAUUACAACUCCAGCGCCGUGGCUUUUUCCGUGUGGAUGUCGCAUCUGCUGGACCUUCACCACAAACAGGAAGAGUCACGCCGUUGGUGCUGUUCCAUGUUCCUGAUGGUCAUACUAAGGAAAUGCCUGGACAGCCAAAGUCAGUACAAACAACACAAGUGAAACAGGCACCAGCGGUUGAUGCAUCGCAGCUGAACCAAGAAAUUACCAAGCAAGGAGAGUUGGUGCGAUCGCUCAAAAGUGCGAAGGCUGAAAAGGCCAAGGUGGAUGAGGCUGUUAAAACCCUCUUGGAGCUUAAAGCCAAGUACAAGACGGCUACUGGACAGGAGUGGAAACCUGGCGCAGCUCCAGCGUCGAAUGCUCCAAAGGCAUCUGGUGAUGCGGAGAGUAUCAACCAAGAGAUCGUGAAGCAAGGUGAUCUCGUCCGCUCUCUGAAGACCGCCAAAGCCGAGAAAGCUAAAGUAGAAGAAGCUGUCAAACUCCUUCUAGAGCUUAAAACUAAAUACAAGGCAGCGACCGGACAGGAGUGGAAACCUGGUGCAGCUCCAGCAUCGAAUGCUCCAAAGGCAUCGGGUGAUGCGGAGAGUAUCAACCAAGAGAUCGUGAAGCAAGGUGAUCUUGUCCGCUCUCUGAAGACUGCCAAAGCCGAGAAAGCUAAAGUAGAUGAAGCUGUCAAACUCCUUCUAGAGCUUAAAACUAAAUACAAGGCAGCGACCGGACAGGAGUGGAAACCUGGUGCUGUCCCAGCAUCCAAUACUCCAAAAGCAUCUGGAGAUGCAGAGAGUAUCAACCAGGAGAUCGUGAAGCAAGAGCUUAAAGCUAAAUACAAGGCAGCUACCGGACAGGAGUGGAAACCUGGUGCAGCUCCAGCUUCGAAUGCUCUAAAGGCAUCUGGUGAUGCGGAGAGUAUCAACCAAGAGAUCGUGAAGCAAGGGGAUCUCGUCCGCUCUCUGAAGAGUGCCAAAGCCGAGAAAGCUAAAGUAGAAGAAGCUGUCAAACUCCUUCUAGAGCUUAAAACUAAAUACAAGGCAGCGACCGGACAGGAUUGGAAGCCAAGUGCAGCUCCUACGCCUGCUAAAGCUGCUGCUGCAGAUAAUGUUAGUGAUAUUUUAACAAAAAUAACGGCACAAGGGGAUAAAGUACGCAAGCUGAAAGGGGAGAAAGCUGACAAAAGUGUCGUUGAUGUCGAGGUGAAAAAUCUACUUAAUCUAAAAGCUCAGUACAAAUCAGAAACCGGAAAGGAUUGGACGCCCACUGCAACCCCACCAGUCAAAGCGGAAAUUGUUAAACAGGAAACAAUGAACGGUGUUAACGGUGAAGCAUUAGCGGUGGAAAUUGCAAAGCAAGGUGACGUCGUACGCGAUCUCAAAGCGAAGAAAGCGGACAAGACGACCGUAGAUGCAGAGGUAAAGAAGUUGCUAGAAUUAAAAGCGAAAUAUCAACAAGAGACUGGCACAGCAUUUGCAGCUGCUCCAACUAGAGAUACCAAACCCAAAGAGAAGAAACCGAAAGAGAAAGAGAUAAAGAAAGAGAAGCCGAAAGAACAGUCGCCGAAGCCUAAAGAGGAAUCCUCAAGUGGGGUGAAGAAAAUAACUCGACUCGGAUUAGAGGCUUCUAAAGACACUGAUCUUUCAGACUGGUACCAGCAAGUUAUAACUAAAGCGGAAAUGAUCGACUACUACGAUAUCUCCGGUUGUUACAUCCUACGCCCAUGGGCGUAUAGUAUUUGGGAAAUCAUUCGCGCAUUCUUCAGCGAUAGCAUUAAACGUAUGGGUGUGAAGGAUGUGUAUUUCCCUAUGUUUGUGUCUAAGGCGGCAUUAGAACGCGAGAAGACCCAUAUAGCUGACUUUGCACCAGAAGUGGCGUGGGUGACGCAUUCUGGUUCUAGCGAGUUGGCGGAACAUAUAGCCAUACGACCCACCUCUGAAACCGUGAUGUACCCGGCCUAUGCGAAGUGGAUACAGAGCCAUAGGGACUUACCGCUUAAGCUUAACCAGUGGAAUAACGUCGUUCGAUGGGAGUUCAAGCAACCGCAACCAUUCCUGCGAACGCGAGAAUUCCUUUGGCAAGAAGGACACUCUGCGUACCGACUUCAGAGCGAAGCAGAGGAGGAAGUGCUACAGAUAUUGGAUCUAUACGCCCGGGUAUAUGAAGAGUACUUAGCCAUUCCAGUCAUAAGGGGCAGAAAAACUGAGAAGGAAAAGUUCGCGGGUGGAGAUUAUACUACCACCGUUGAAGCAUACAUCGGUGCUAGUGGCAGAGCUAUACAGGGCGCAACAAGUCAUCACUUGGGGCAGAACUUCUCCCGUAUGUUUGACAUUGUGUACGAUGAUCCCGAAACCCAAGAGAAGAUGUUUGUCUAUCAAAACUCUUGGGGAAUAACGACGAGAACUAUCGGUGUAAUGGUCCUGGUACAUGGCGACGACAGAGGUUUAGUUCUACCACCACGAGUAGCCGACAUACAGGCGAUAGUGGUGCCUUGUGGUAUCACGGCCUCCAGUAAAGCUGAAGAGAGGAAGGAACUUAUGGACUCUUGUCAGAGCCUGGUGGAUGAAUUGAAGGCAGCUGGUAUCAGAGCCGAUGGUGACUAUAGGGAUAACUACUCGCCUGGGUGGAAGUUUAACCAUUGGGAGUUGAAGGGUGUACCAAUCCGUGUGGAAUUAGGACCGAAAGAUAUAUCACGCGGUGAGGUGGUUGCCGUAAUUAGACUGACAGGAGAAAAACAAACCUUAAAGAGGAACACGGCGCCGACGCAGCUUCGAGAGAAACUAGUUACGAUACACGAGGAAAUGUUCAAGAAAGCAACUAAAGAGAGAGAUGAGAGAUUGUCACUUGUCACAAAAUGGGACGACUUUACAAAUGCACUGGAACGCAAGCACAUCAUUCUUUCUCCGUUCUGUGGAGAUAUACCCUGCGAAGACAACAUUAAGAAUGAUAGUGCCAGAAAUGAAGAUGAUCAAACAACCGAGGUUAAAGCUCCAUCUAUGGGUGCUAAGUCACUUUGCAUACCAUUUAAACAGCCUCGUGAAAUAUCAGCGGAUGACUGUUGCAUACAUCCAGCUUGUAAAAAUAAGCCUAAAUUCAUUACUCUGUUUGGAAGGAGUUAUUAA